AGUUAACAUUUCUAUCUAGAUGUUAAUAUAUUAAAUGGUGCGAAGGUGAAAUGGACCGAGAAGCAAUACGACGAGUAUUUAUGGUACGGCUAUAGUUUUGGCGACGGAGACAUUUCACUUAUUACCGAUCAAAAAACAGCCCUCGAUAGAUACUGCCCACUAAGCCGAACCCCGUUUGUUCAACAAAUACGGGACUACUUUUACGAGCACUACGGCUCGAGCUUUAUUGCCACGGGGCUCAUGGAGUCAAUGAACUCGUUGUUUCCAUUUUUGCAUAUAUGGUGCGAAACAUUCACCAAGGGCCCCGGCUUUGGCAUGGAAAUCAUCUUGGACUUUAUUAAGGAACAGAACGCCAAGACCCCGCUUAUGGUGCCGAUCCGUAAGCGUUUGACCAUGGUGCUGACCGAGGCCGCACAACCCGGUACCGCCUAUACAGCCGGCCAUGUGCUUUGGGCACUGGUCAAUGUGGAUAAGACGCCAAAGAUUAUGACAAAAUUUGUACCAAGAGAAUUUCUUAACGUGGCACACUCCUUCUCCGGUCCUAUCGGUUCGCUGGUUGGUUAG